AUGGCGUACGAGAUGUCGAGCAUGAAGCAUGUCGGCUCACACCCAUUCAACCACAACCAGUCUCAUGAAGCAGAACGAGAAUAUGACCGCCUUCGGGAUCUGGCGCGACAGGAAGCAGCUAAAAGAUCAUCGUGUUUCGACAAGGCCCAUCAAGCUUAUGAGCGUAGGGACGCAGGAGCCGCCCAUGCACUAUCUGAAGCUGGAAAGAGGCAUGGGGCUCAGAUGGACGCCUAUAACAGACAAGCCUCGGAGUUUAUCUUUCGCGAGAACAAUGCAGAGGGCCGUGUGGCCUCUGACACGAUAGAUCUCCAUGGACAGUUCGUCGAAGAAGCAGAAGACAUACUUGAGGAACGCAUAAGAUACGCUCAAUCAACUGGACAAACGCAUCUCCAUGUUAUUGUUGGCAAAGGAAACCAUAGUCCUCAUCACAUUCAGAAAAUCAAACCAAGAGUUGAAAAAGUGUGCCAAGAACUCGGUCUCCAAUACCAGACUGAGGCCAACGAAGGGAGAAUGUUUAUCAACCUAACUGGUGGUCCAGCUCAUUCACCGCCUCCCACUCAUGCAGGAGGUCAACAGUAUCCUACUCACUCGGUUUAUCCAGGUGCACAGCAGCAACAUCAUCAGGCACAUCGUCCCCAGCAUCAACAAGCACAUGGCCACCAAGGGCAGAACGAUGAGGUGGAGAAGAUGGUCAAGAAGUUCUUGCCGCGCAUCCUCCGAAAACUGGAGAAACAAUGCUGUGUUGUGAUGUAA